AUGUUUUAUCCGUACAAUAGGAGUGUAUCGAAAUGGGGUCCCCUCCCAGGUGCAGGUACUGAUGAAGGUGAAUUAAAUCGUGUAAUUAUAUCACGUUGUGAAGUUGAUAUGAUUCAAAUAAAAGACGAAUAUGAAAAUAUAAUGAAACAUUCAUUAGAAGAUCAUGUUCAAAGUGAUACAAGUGAAUAUUAUGGAAAAAUUCUUCUUGAAUUAAUAAAAGAUCCAAGUCAACGAACAAUACAAAAGGCUAAAAAUAAAAAAAAAGAAGAAAAUAUUGAUCUAUCGGAUGAUGAACAACCUAAAAUUUAUAGAGAAGAUAAUAUUCAACAAGGAACAAUGAUAGCUGCGAAAAAUUUUGAUGCAAAUCGUGAUGCUGAUACAUUACGAAAAGCCAUGAAAGGAUUUGGUACUAAAGAACAAACAUUAAUAGAUAUUUUAGGUAAUCGAAAUACAUUUCAACGAUUAGAAAUUAAAACUGCAUUUAAAAAUAAAUUGAAUAGUGAUUUAGUAUCUGAUUUGAAAUCAGAAACGUCUGGAGAUUUCAGUAAUUUACUUGAACGAUUAAUGUUAGAUCAAGUUGAACUUGAUUGUUUUGAAUUAAAACAAGCUGUUAAAGGUGUUGGUACAAAUGAAGAAGCAUUAAUUGAAAUUUUAGCAAGUCGUAGUAAUGAAAGAAUACAAUUAAUUAAUGAAACAUACGCUAAAAUGUAUUCAAAACCAUUAGAAAAAGAUGUUAAAUCAGAUACAAGUGGAAAUUUUCGUCAUUUACUUGCAUCACUUUUACAAGGUAAUCGACCUGAAACAAUUGAAGUUGAUGUUAAUCAAGCGAGAAAAGAUGCACAAUCAUUAAUUGAUGCUGGUUCUGAUAAAUUCGGAAGUGAUAAAUCAAAAUUUAAUGCUUUAUUCUGUAAUAGAAGUGAUUUAGAAUUAAAAGUCAUAUUUAAACAAUAUACUGAAUUAACUGGAAAACCCAUUGAGGAAAUAGUCAAGAAAGAAACAAGUGGAGAUCUUCAAAAAGGUAUUUUAGCUGUUAUACGAUGUAUACAAAAUCGUCCAAAUUUUUUUGCUGAACAAUUAAAUAAAGCUAUGAAAGAUUUCGGUACAAAAGAAUCAACAUUAACUCGAAUAAUAAUAACACGUUCAGAAAUAGAUCUUGUUCAAAUUAAAAAAGCAUAUAAGAAUCUAUUUAAGCAAGAAUUAGAACGUGAUGUUAGUUCAGAUACAAGUGGAAAUUAUAAAAAAUUACUUUUAGAAAUACUUAAAGAUCCAUCUGAACGUAAAUAA